GCCGCCUCAUAUUGACUGACUGAGGGUUGCCGGUUCAUUUCCUGGUGGCUGGACGUUUGAUUUCUUUCUGACGGAGAACAAUGGAUAAUACCGUCAUAUCCAAAAUGUGCGGAGGAAACUUAAUUCACCUGAAAAGACUCAUGUUGCUGCUGCUCCUGGCAGGCCUCCAGCCGGUCCGGUCCACCGCCGGAGAGGAACCUGAACCACAGGACGACCUUGAGCAAGGAGAGACCCUCACCUGCGCCAUCGAGGCUCCGCUCUACGUGACCGUGGGCGUGCCGAGCAGCGUUGAAUGUGACAGCGACUGCCGGGGAUGCUCCUUCUCUCUGUCUCUGGAUGGGCAGAGUGCCCAUGGGCAAGGCAGCGUGUUGGCCUUCACCGUCGACCGCUGGGUGGAGGCCCUCACGGUGACGUGUACGGUCGUGAGCGGCGACAACCGGCCGAACGCCACGACCACAAAGCGGCUGCAGGUGUUGGCCGGACCCGCCAACGUCUCCAUCGCUGGCCCCGAUCUGAUGCACCCGUCUGUGAGCCACACCUACAGUUGCCACGCCUACUGUCGGCCAUCUUGCACCUACUCCUGGAGGAUGGAUGAAGGCCCGUGGUUGAGUGGUCAGGGGAACGUUAUUUCUAUCACCCCUCAGGAGACGGACGACUCCAAACUCCUGCUCUGCAAAGCCACCAGCGGCGUGUCGGGGCUGUUCGUCUUCGCCACUCGGAACAUAGCCGUGAUAUCCGGUCCUCAACAGGUUCAGAUCCACGGCCCCGACGUCAUCGAGAUUGCGCAAAAGUACGAGUUUGAGUGCGCCGCCGAGUGUCGGCCGGCGUGCCGCUACGUGUCGUCCGUGGACGGCCAGAGCGUGAGGGGCGGCGUGUUCCAGAUCUCCGUGGAUCGCCCGCUGGCAUCGGUCACGCUCCGGUGCGAGGCUCAGAACACGGCGUCCAAGAGGACCGCCACGGCCGUGAAGACGGUGCAGAUAACAGGGUCGGACCGGAGCCCGUUGGACCGGAGCCCGGCCGCUCGGCCUGAAGGGGCCUCGGCGGUGCUGCUGCUGGCCUUCAUCGUGUCUGCUGGCUUCGUCCCGCAGGUCUUACCGAUGUAGCGCGACGGAUUACGAUCCCACGAACAGCAGCCGGUUCAGACGGUCAUGGAAAAGCUGGAAACGCUGGAAAAGAAUUCCUAAAAGUUUUGGAAAAGUCAUGGAAAUGUGUUUUAUACGCUGAGUUUUAAAUAAUUAAUGUGCUUUUAAAAGAAUGACGCUCAAAAUAUAAGGAUCACAUUUUCUACGUUGCAAGUGAACGCACCUUAACUGAAAAGAAAGAAAUGUUUAUUAUUUUAAUCAAACUAUUUUCUCUCAUUUAUUUGUGUCAUUUAAGGUUAUAAACUGUAUGCUUUGUAUUCUCAUCAUUAGUUUAAAUACAACAUGUUAUCACUUUUCCAUGUAAACACAGAGAUUUCAUAAAAUGUUUGGUCAUUGAAAUUGGGUUUAAAGUCCUGGAAACCCAUUGGUCACCAUGUGGAUGAACCUGUUCAUUGGUCAUGAGGAUGAACCUGUUCAUUGGUCAUGUGGAUGAACCUGUUCAUUGGUCACCAUGUGGAUGAACCUGUUCAUUGGUCAUGAGGAUGAACCUGUUCAUUGGUCAUGAGGAUGAACCUGUUCAUUGGUCAUGUGGAUGAACCUGUUCAUUGGUCACCAUGAGGAUGAACCUGUUCAUUGGUCAUGUGGAUGAACCUGUUCAUUGGUCAUGAGGAUGAACCUGUUCAUUGGUCAUGAGGAUG